GAGAAAGAGAGAGAAACGCUCUUUCUUGCUCUCAUCUUGUUCUUUAAAAAUCCCAACGAGAAAAAGAUCGUUCAAAAACUUCUUUUUCUGAGUUUCGAGGAUUCGUCAUUGAUUGAUUCAGUUUCGACGGCGGCGAUCUCUCGAGCCCUCUCCCCGUCAAGAUUCCCGCGUUGCUGGUUCCCGCCAUCUCCGGCGAUCUGUUGAUCUUUGGUUCGAUCACUGUAUUUUUUAUGGAUCGUGGAGUUCAAUCCGCGUCGUCGCCGCUCUCUCGGCAGCUCGAUUUCGCGCCUUCUGUUUCCAGCUCUCGUUCUUCGAUUUCGACGCCCUUGAAGUCAGAGUCCCCAAGAUCAUGGACAAUACCUACAUUUGAAACGAAAAUUGUCACUCCAAAGAAAGCAAAACAAUGCAAUUGCAAAAAUUCGCAAUGCUUAAAAAAGUACUGCGAGUGCUUUACAACAAAUACUUACUGUAAAGGGUGCAAUUGUGUGAAUUGCCACAAUGUUGAGAAUGAUCCUGCUAGGAAGGAUGCUAUCGAAGCAGUUCUAGAUCGCAACCCAAAUGCCUUCAGGCCGAAGAUUGACGGUAGCCCUCAAGCUGCACGAGAUAAGGAAAAUGCAGGGGAACCCCCUUUGCUGGUAAGGCAUCAUAAAGGUUGUAACUGUAAGAAGUCAGGGUGCCUUAAAAAAUACUGUGAGUGCUUCCAGGCUGGCAUACUCUGUUCAGAAAAUUGCAAAUGUUUAGACUGCAAGAACUUUGAAGGAAGUGAGGAUAGGAAACUCCUGUUCAGUGUUGACCGUGGAAAUAGCCUGACCUACAUUCAGAAGACAGCAAAUGCCGCAAUUAGUGGGGCGACAGGAUCCUCUGGAUUUUUCUCUCUAGAAAAUAGAAAGAGGAAGAGUCACCACCUCCUAUUGGGUGCAGCCAUAAACUCUCAACCAUUUCACGGGAAUGGACAAGCAUCACAGGCUAAUCAUCUAACUGGAGCUCAACUUAGUUCUUCGUUCACUGGUAUACCAGUAGCCCAUGUAAUUAUUCCUUCUCCGCAAUCUAAACUCACAUACAGGUCUCCUCUAGCAGACAUCAUUCAACCAGAGACUGUGAAGGAUCUAUGUGUGAGUUUGGUUGUAGCAUCAGCAGAGAAAGCAAAAGCAUUUUCUGAGAAAUCUCAUGAAGAGAAAGUCCGGGAGGGGCCAUCUCAAACAGAAUCCUCCUUUGCCUCAUCAAGAAAUGUUGAGGAUGAGAACAAGCAGGAGCAUAAUGCUAAGGAGUCAUCAGCAGAUGACUCUUCAAGCGGACCUCAUUCUCCCAAGAGUAGCAUAGAGGAGUUAGGGUCAGAGUCUGCUGAUGCUCAAAUAAGCAGAAGACCUUUGUCGCCUGGAACUCUAGCAUUAAUGUGUGACGAGCAAGACACAAUGUUCAUAAAGUCUCCAAACAUUUGUACUUCUGAAAUUCUUUCAGAGAGCCAGAAAAUGACAGACGUCUAUGCAGAACAGGAGAGGUGCAUUUUGAUUAAGUUUCGUGAUACUCUCUUGAAUCUGGCCAACUGUGCAAGAAUCAAAGGAGAGAAGCAAUCGAGAAGCAUCAAGCCUUUUUGUUCUAAUCACCAUGGAUCUGUUGGUAACGCUAGAUCUCAAUUUAGUGAUGAAGAACCGACUCGCUUAGUAAAUGCAAUUCCUGCUUUCACCAAUAACCAUGUGCAGAACAAUGCAAUGUAUCCCAUACAUGGAACAAAAUCUUAAAAACUGGAAACUUAAAGUUGUAUAGAAAAGGGGAUGCUGUGGAGAGUUCGGUUGUGGAUAUGAGAGCUUGUGAUGCUCUCAUCUUUUUUAACUUAUAUAAAGUUGUUUUUUUGUUCUUUCUACACAAUCUGAUGCUACGAUGCGUGGAUAACUAGCAGUUUGCGAGGAUGACUUUUAUGUACAAGAGAGUUGUCGGUUUUAGUUGUGAUGUAUCUGUUAUGUUCUAAUAAAUCUUAGUAUAGAAAUUUGUUGAGA